AUGUUUAUUUAUAUUUCCCGACAGAAAAACAUAAACGUAUCGGUUCAUGAUUGCAUCGGCUCCGAGUGGGGACCCUGGUCAGCCUGCAACAAUAAGUGCGGCCGAGGAAUUCAGAAGCGGUCCAGGAAAAUCGAGCGGCCUGCGGAGAAUGGUGGCAAGGGAUGCAAUCCUCUUGUCCAGAGACGCUAUUGCUACAGCACGCAGUGUGAUAAACAUGAUCCCGAAAUAGCCCUCAGAGGUUCAACAGUUUGCGUAAAGUGUGAAACGACAGCAUUUAUACCAUCAUUGGACUAUCGAUGUCGAGGUGACGGGGGUACUGAGGGAAUGAUAACUCGGUGGAGUUUAUUUUCGGAGCCUUACUGUUACGGAAAAUGGCAGCGCACCGUAAAAACAGGAUCCGAGUGUGAUGCUUCUGUGUGCCAACCAAAACCCCAUUAUAUAUUUGUCUAA